AUGGCAGCUGCUGUAGCAUAUCGAAAUAUUAUGCGCGCGGCUCGCGUGGCCUUUGAAGGCGACGCUCCCACACUCCUUGCUGCGCAGAGCCGGAUCCGAGACGAAUUUCGAAGCAAGCAGGCUCUUGAUCCCAAAGACAGCACCGUUAGCGAGGGCAUCGAGCAUGCCACGCAAGUCGCCCAGUUUCUGCGCCAGAACGUGGUGCAAGGCAAAAAGAUGGAGGGUGAGGAGAAGUAUAAGCUCCGAAUUCAUAAAGACACCGAGCGAGGCGACAACGAAAGCAUAAAAUCAUCCGGCAGCGGAGUCGCUGGGGGCGGCUGUUGCGGCGGUUCCAGUAAAAGAGACAAAGUCGCUCUUGUGUAA